GCAAAAACUCACCAAAUGGAGACCAAGAAGAGUCUGUCGCAAGCCCGUACUUGUCGGGCUACUGUCCGAUAGUAAGCCGGGGCGGGGCGGGGCGGGGCGGGACAGCUCAGUCCUUCCCGAGCCCUAUCGAAGUACCCUUGACACGCUCAUCUAUUUACAAACAUUCCCUUCAUGUAUAUACUCUGUCACCCCGCUCGCGCCCCAUAACCCCACUCCUCCCCCGUUUGCUUGUCCUCCGGCGCUCCCCACGAACCCGCCGGCGCUGCGCCACCUGAUUCUUAAUCGGCGUCGUCCCAACGUCUGGUCAUAUGCCGAAAUGAACGAAGCAAAUGAGCAAUCAGUGCCUGUGACCUUGGAUGGAUACACUCUCGCCCCAACUCCUGUCUCAGUAAGGAACCCUCAAGUAGCUGAAAGUUGGGAGUCGAGAAAGCGGAAGCUUACUUCUCCUGUUUGGGACCACUUUGUGAAGUGCACGAUUGAUGGAAUCGAGUAUGCUUUCUGUGAGCACUGCGGCGCUAAGUACAAAGCAAUAAGCAAGAAUGGGACAAGAGUCCUGCUUAAACAUAUGAAGAAAUGCUUUAAUAAACCCUUAGAGGAACCCUCUCAAACUAGUCUAAACUUCACCAGAAAGGAUGAGAAACGGAAGGAUGGGUUUGGGGAUCUUAGCUGCGAUUGGGAAUUUGAGAAAGCCCACAAAGAGGAGGAUAAUCUCCAUAGUUUCCGGUUCAAUCAGGAGGUUUCACAGCAGACUCUUGCUAAUGCUAUUGUGGUCGAUCAGUAUCCACUUUCAAUGGUAGAAUUUGUCGGGUUUCAGAACUUCUGUGCCUCUCUUCAACCCUGUUUCAAGAUGCCUUCUCGAGAUGAAAUUAAAAGAGAUAUCAGAAGCAUUCACAAUGUCAAGAAGGCGAAUGUGUAUGAGGUGCUGGAGAAGGUUCAAAGUCGUAUAGCCAUCACAUCAGAUAUCUGGACUAGUGACCAGAGGAAAGAUUACCUGUCCAUUUCUGCUCAUUACCUGGAUGAAUCAUGGAUUCUCCGAAAGUGUGACUUAAGGUUUAUUUACGUGCCUGUUCCAUGCACUACAGAAACUCUUUGGAACCACUUGACUGCAAGUUUAUCAGAAUUCAAUGUUGGCGAAAAGAUAUCUACAAUUACCAUGGCAAACUGUAGCCAUAGUGGAAUGAAAGAUCUCGACUUGAAAAUGAUUGAGGGUGAACUUCUGCUUGAUGGGAAGUUUGUUCAUAUGCAAUGUGGGGCCCAUAUCAUCAGUCUUCUUGCACAAGAUUGCCUGUCUCUGGUCGAGAAAGUGACAGAAAAGAUCCGCGAGACAGUUGGCUUUUGGACUGCAAGUCCUUCCCGAGAGGAAGUCUUUGCUGAGGUGGCAUCUCAAUUAAGAAUCCCACACAUAAAGAAGAAGCUGUGUAUUGAUGAUACGACUCAAUGGCACUCUACUUAUUCAAUGCUUGAAGCUUCGAUAACUUAUAAGGAAAUGUUCACAAGAUUGAAGGACAUCAACAGUUUAUAUACAAUCGUGCCCUCUGAGGAAGAGUGGGAUUUAGUGAGUGAUAUCUGCAAAAAGCUGAAACUGUUAUACGGUUUUGCUGAAUUAUAUCGGGGUCCAAAACAUGUGACUUCAAACAAUUAUUUCCCGAUGAUGUGUUUUGUGAGGGAGGGGAUUGCUAAAUGGGUCACAUCUUCGAACGAGACCAUUAGUCGGAUGGCCUGGAAUAUGUUUAGGAAAUUGGAGGAAUACUGGAACUCUGUACACAUCGUUCUAGCUAUAGCAGCGGUUCUGGACCCGAGGUACAAGUUAUGUUUGGUGGAAUACUUCUUUAUGAUUAUAUACGGGACUAAGAGUUCUCCUGAAGUUGAACGCGUUCGUAAAGCUUGUUACCAGCUGUUUCACAAGUACCGACUGAGGUUCAGAAUGAAUUCUGAACCUGUAUUUCCGUCACAUUGUGAGGAGACAGAUGGCAGCUUUCAGGGUUCAGGAGAUUCUCUCGACGGGUAUGAUCAGUUCAUAAAGAGUGAAACCUAUGAUAAGCGCCCACGGUGGUCGGAGUUGAGCCAGUAUUUGGCAGAGCCACUUCUCCCACGGACUCGGGAUUUCGACGUACUGGGUUGGUGGAUGGAGAACGGGGAUAAGUACCCCAUCUUGCAGUUGAUUGCUCGAGAUUUUCUGGCUAUUCCCAUAUCCUGUACCACAUCGGAUCCUGCUUUUAGUGCACUAGGGAGGGUGUUGCCUAAACAGUACAGGAAACUCAAACCCGAUAUGCUGGAAACUCUAAUGUGUACAAAUAAUUGGCUCCGGAACGAGAUGGAAGGUGACAGUCUGAAUGCUGAUUCAGGAUCUGUUUGUUCAACUCGAGAUGGAGAUGAUUCAGAUUGGGAGACUCAGGGUGCUUGAUCUCGGAGGAAAGGUGUGGAGGAAAGCAAGAAACAAGGCAAUGGUGAGAAAUUGAAGAGCCACGACCCAUGGGGGAGUGUUUCCAACGUUGUACCUAUGACUAAUGUUGAUGCAAAAGAUUAUCUGUUAGGUUCAUUCGAACUCAAUACUUUUACUAUACCGACUAGUUUAACCUUCGUCCUUGAAUCGGAUUCCCGUAUCGGUCUAGGACGAUAAUGUGUGAAUGAGGGUGCCUUCAUUAACCAAAGUUAUUUUAUUUUAUAAUAUUUUGUUGCCCGUA